ACACACGCACUGCGACACCGCGCCAGCGCCGACCUCAGUCCAUCCACCAAGGGACUGCUCGGAUACCAUCAGCCUGCACGUGUAUACUGCCAUUUAUCUGUGCCGUCCAUUGCCUCUCUGCACAUCGCCCCCACCACGUCGUAUACCACCAUCUGCCAAGCACUGCUCUUCCGACCUUCGCAGCUGCUGUUUGCCUCGGUCGCAUUUCUUCACUGCAUGCUAGUGCUACCACUCAUGAAGACUUGAUUCACCACUGCCAUCUCGAGUUGAUACAAGUCGACAACUUGACCACCUUCAUCUUCUCACCACUAAUUCUGGUCUUCUUUUCACCACUCUUGACUUUCUCAUAACACCAAUAUUAAUUCACCUUCCCCUUCAACAUGCCUGGGAUCGCUCCACCACGUCGACCACAGCGUCUGUCAAGUCUUGGAGGAAAGACUCCUGGCUCCUUCAAACCAAUUCCCCGUCCGGCAAAGCGAUCAGAAUGUGGUUGCGACGCCCCGAGUUUCGAAGUCAUCGAUGGUGCCAAGAUUUGCUUGAAUUGCGGUACUCAAGUCAGUGAACAGAACAUUGUCGCAGAAGUCACUUUCGGAGAGUCAUCCACUGGCGCUGCUACAGUCGAGGGUGGUAUUGUCAAUGAGAACUCCCGUCACGCAAAGACGUUGGGUGCUGCUGCUGCCCGCAGACUUGGCGCUUCGAUGCAGAGCAGAGAGGAUAGCGAGAACAAUGGUCGUGAAUCUCUACGUCUGUUCACAGCUCGCCUGCCUAUCGCUCCUGACAUUUCGGACAAAGCCAUGGGUAUCUGGAAACUUGCUUCCAACGAUAACUUUACCCAAGGUCGUCGUGCUGAUGAGGUUGCCGGUGCCUGUUUGUACAUUGCUUGUCGCCACAACCCCGAAAACACCAUCCUGCUCAUGGACAUUGCCGAAGUCAUCUCGGUCAACGUCUUCAGCUUGGGAGAUACCUACAAAGGGCUACUGGCCAAACUCUUUGUUGAUCUCAAGGAAACCACAAAGAUGAUCGAGAUUGAGCCGUUGAUAUUGAAGUAUGCAAGCAAGCUUGAGUUUGGAGAGAAGACACGCCAAGUUGCCGAAGAUGCCGUCAAGAUCAUUCGUCGCAUGAAGCGUGACUGGAUCGUCACGGGAAGACACCCAGCUGGUCUCUGUGGUGCCUGCCUCAUUCUCGCUGCACGCAUGAACAACUUCCGCCGUACUGUCAGAGAGGUUGUCUUUGUCGUCAAAGUUGCCGACCUUACCAUCGCAAAACGUCUCGAGGAGUUCAAGCGUACUCGUGCCGCCCACCUCAAGAUUAAUGAAUUCCGCGAGAAGGGUGUGAGAAUCAGAGAGCAAGCCGACCCUCCUGCUAUAUUGGAUGCCGAACUGAGAAAGCAAAACUUCUUGAGGAAGCAGUUGAAGCGCAAAGCCUAUGAGAUGAGCAGAGAUUCAUCUCGCCAAACAUCCGCCGCCCUUGAGCCUGCCUCCUAUCCACAAGCACAGACAGUGCAACUCGCCAAACGCACAAAGACAUCAAGCUCUCGCAGUAAUGUCGUCGUCCAAGCAGCAACACAGCAACAGCCUCGCCGUGAUGCAGACGGCUUUGCAAUCCCCGACAUGCCUCUCGAUCCCGCCCUUCGUCGCAGUGCCAGCGUCGUUUCCGACACAGCUGCAAAUGCCGCCUCACUAUCCACGCCAGAUGCAAUGGAGAUUAUCAAGGUCAAGAGCGGCCGUAAGAAGAAGGAGAAGGUUGCACCUCCUCCCCUUACCGACGCCGACUUCAUGGCCGAGGAAGAACUCGAAGGCGAGAUCCAGAACAUCCUCUCCGAGCGCGAGUGCAUCUCCUCAAAAGAGCAAGCCGAAAAGGAGAAGAUCGAGGACCGUGCAAAGACGCUGGCAGAACAACAGCGUGCUGCAAUUGUCCAGCAAAAUGCACAGCGUCUGGAAGCCAUGGGUCGCACACAUACUCUUGUCUCGGACAGUGAGAUCAUCGGCGAAGAUGAAUUUGCUGAUGACCCGGAAGUCGCCAACGCCCUGUUGUCGGAAGAACAAGUCCGCGUGAAAGAGAUGAUCUGGGUCGCACACAACGAAGACUGGCUCCGUGCACAACAAGCCAAGCAACUGAAAAAGGCACUUGAAGAAGCAGAAGGCAAGGAAAAGAAGACGACCAAACGCAAGAAGCGCGGUAAGAUGGGUGAUGGAACGGUUCUCACCGAUGCUGGUACUCCUGUCGAGUCGCCUGCCGAUGCUUCCUUGCGCAUGCUGGAGAAGAGAGCACCAAAGGGUUUCUCACAACGUGUUAACUACGCUGCGUUGGGCAAGAUCUAUGGUGACCGCAGACAUGGCGAAUCAAGAGCUAGUUCAGAAGUUUCCACUCCCGCGCCAGAGAGUGUGCGCGCUGUUUCUCCAUCCACCGCUUCCGACUCCCCAGAAAUGGAACAGAACCCCCUCCCCACUCCCGCCGCCACACAACUCGCCGCGCACCCCGAAAACCCCCAACAACCACUCCCUGAAUCAUCAGAACAACCCACCACAGCAGGAGGAGCAGAAGAACCAGAUGAAGAGGAUGAAGAGGAGGAGGAAGACGAAGACGACUACUGGCCCCAAGAAGAAACACAACCACCAUCUCCGACCUACGAGGAAGAAGAAGACUUUGCGGUCGCUACUGAAGAUAUCAAUGGUGACUUUGGCAUGGACGAUGAUGAUUACGGAGGUGGCAAUGAUGGGUAUGGUGAUGGUGAUGGUGAUGGCUAUUGAAAAGGGUACAUUUCGAGCAAAAGGAGUCGACAAUACAGCAGAAAUAAGUACAUGGCAUCUUGAGCGUUUUGCCCCGGGCUUCGAUUUGGCAUGCGAGAAUGAUAGAGUAUAUUGCAUUGACAAUGAAAUCUCUGAAAGUAUCCUCUACCUGAAGUCAAUUUCUUUGUACUCGAGUAGUUCUGCUAUUGUUUCUUUGAUAGAAUCAUGGUCGUAUUUCAGACCAAUCAGAACAUUCCCGUU